AUGGCGACGAAUCCACUAGCGUUGACGUUGACCAUUGGGUCCCUCUGCACAUUUACAGCAAGGAUCAUUGUCCGCAUUUGGUCACUUGUCGAAGAAGGCGAACUGGAAGAGCUACAGACCCUCGGCACUAAACUGACAUCUCUACACUCUAGCCUCGUUCAGAUCAAAAACACGGCCCAAUCCAUCGACCAUGCCGAUGCAUCCCCUGAAAGGGUGACCGACUUUACAACACUCUCGGACGAUAUACCUCCCAAAUGGGUGGCUGACUUUACGAUAUUCUCAGCCAUCUAUAAGGAUACACUACAAGAUAUCAGAACAAUCAUGAACCAGGUCCGAGCCGUUGAGUAUUCAAGCUCCGGCCUGCAGCUGUCUAGAACUAUCACAUACGUUUUCCCGACGAGGCCAAUUCAGCUUCUCAGCCACCGAAUCGCUGCACAAAAUGGAAUCUUUCGGGUCUUCCUUCAAGCACUGGCUAAGUCUCCUGGGGCGUCCAUCGAACAACGACUGGAAGAGAUCCAUAGAAGGGUACUCACACUCCCGGAUACAAGAGGUUCUUUUCGAGAAGUGCUCGCUGUACUUGGAAACCAAGAAGAAGCGCAACACUCAGCCUCAAGCCAGCACCGGACCAAACAGGAGGAAAUCGACGAAGGGUUGCGUCACGACAACUUGCACUCAUUUUUCGAAGCCUGCACUUCCCAGGUUGGGUCACCGAACUCAACCCUCCAACACUCCACUCCGCGAAUGUCUCACGGCGGUUUUAACAUCAUUGAUGCGGUGGUAGCUGCCACCCAGCCUUCAAAUGAUGCGCAGAAGGCACUGAAUAUUAUCCAGUCUACGACUUGGACCGUUUUAGGGCUUCGAAGACGUAUCGGCCGAUUGGGCCCAUGGAGUGACAUCGCCCCAUCCAAGUUCGGAUCCGCUCAAAUUCAAUGUCAUCUCAUGCUUGACCAUUCGUGGCUUUUACAGUCUCGACUGCUUAAUCGCAGAACCGGAACAGUGGAACGGUCGCCAGACCCCUGGGCUGAUGGCAGGUUCUCUCUAGUCGACUGCGUUGUCACCGAUGGACCGCCAGAGUACGGACCGAAUACUCCUAGAGAGUACUGGGGCAAUUGGCACUUUAUGGAGUAUACUCUAGUGUCACCCAAGGACGCGGCCCUUUUCUUCUUUUGUCUCUCGAAUAUUGUUCCUCUGAUGCACGAAAUUCGGAAGAUUCAAGCUGCUGCAGUCAGUCAUUUCAAUCGACGCCACGACGUGAAGGAUGCUACCUCUCUCAACAUGGCAGCGUAUGAGUUAUGGGGCAAGUGA